UGUUUUUUAUUGGUCCACUGCAUUGUCUUUGUUGUGUGUCGCGUGUUCUCCGUGUUUCCGUAGGUUUCUCUCCUCUCAUGGCGCUUCACCUUUACAUCGAUCUGCUCUCACAGCCAUCGCGAGCAAUCUACAUCUUUUGCCGGGUGAACAACAUUGAAGCCGAGAUCCAUCACUUAGACUUGAUGAAGGGGGAGCACCAGACGCCAGAGUACAAAGCUGUGAAUCCAAUGGGCCAAGUGCCUGCUAUUGUGGACAAUGGUUUCAAACUCUUCGAAAGCCAUGCUAUUCUUCGUUAUCUGGCAACAACGAAGCCUGGGGUUUCUAGUAACUGGUACCCAUCGGAUCCAUUACGAGGAGCUCGGAUCGAUAGCGUCCUGGAUUGGCACCAUGGAAAUCUGCGUCGUGGUGCAGCGGGCCUGUUUUUCAACGAAGUCCUGGCACCAUAUCUGGGCAUCCCCAAAGACGAGAGCAAACUUGCCGAGUUUGAUAAAACACUCCAAGCUUCAGUUGACACCAUUGAAAACGUGUGGCUCGAAGAGGGCGGCAAAUUCCUGUGCGGCGAGUCCGAGAUAACCAUUGCGGAUCUGAGCCUGGCUUGCGAAAUCAUCCAGCUCGAGGUUCUGAAGGACAAGUACGCUAGUCUGGUUGGUCCAAGAGACAAACUUAAAAAGUGGAUGCUUGAUGUUGAGGAAGCAGCCUCGCCUUACUUCCGUGACGCUCUCUCUAACUUAGCAGCGGCAACGACCAAGUGAAAGGCAUUACAGAAAGAAAGGUUUGCUUAUAUGUUUUCUUAGUCACCAAUCGGUGAUGAACAUGGUGUGUGGCGACUGAAGAUCGACUGAAGAUGUUAAGCAAGAGGGCUGGGAGAUUAAUAACUGAGUCCUUUUGCUAUUCCAAAGCUAUAAACUAGAAAAUGAAUGGAGGUUUCCCUGGGAAAAAA